GAGGCGUCUUCGUUCACAAGCGAAAAAACUGACCAGUGGAUCCUGCGCCAGCGCCGCCACAGCCGCUUGAAUUUCACCGACACACUCACAAAUUUUACCGGACAAUGCUGCGAGUCAGGUGUCUGAGAGGAGGUAGCAGGGGGGCCGAAGCCGCCCAUCUGAUCGGAGCCAUGCUCGGCCGGGCAGUGACUGGAUGGGUGCAGAGAGUGUCUCAGAGCACUUCAAGUGCUGCAGCUGCAGUUGAAGAGGAACAUGUUACUGGUUCUGCACAGCAGGAGGAGUGUCCCGUCUGCUGCUUCAAUGAAUGGGACCCUCUGGAGGAAGUGAUUGUGGGUCGUGCCGAAAACGCCCGCGUGCCUCCCUUCACUGUGGAAGUGAAAGCCAACACAUAUGAGAAGAACUGGGGCUUCUUCCAGAAGUAUGGGGGCCAAGCUUUUCCUGAGGACCACUUGAAAAAAGCUGUUGCUGAGAUUGAAGAAAUGUGCAAUAUCCUGCGCCACGAGGGCGUCAAUGUGAGGAGGCCAGAGCACAUCGACUGGUCCCAGGAGUACAAAACUCCAGACUUUACAUCUUCAGGUCUGUAUUCCGCCAUGCCCAGAGACAUCCUCUUAGUCGUGGGGAAUGAAAUCAUCGAGGCUCCCAUGGCCUGGAGGUCCCGCUUCUUUGAGUACAGGGCCUACAGACCCUUAAUCAAGGAAUACUUCAGAAAAGGUGCUAAAUGGACCACAGCGCCCAAACCAACCAUGGCUGAUGAGCUGUAUGAUCAGGAUUACCCCAUUCGCACAGUGGAGGACAGACACAAGCUGGCUGCCCAGGGGAAGUUUGUAACCACAGAGCACGAGCCAUGCUUCGACGCCGCUGAUUUCAUUCGAGCUGGGAAGGACAUUUUUGUCCAGAGGAGUCAGGUUACAAAUUUUAUGGGAAUUGAAUGGAUGCGUCGCCAUCUGGGCCCAGACUACAAGAUCCACAUCAUCUCAUUCAAGGAUCCUAACCCCAUGCACAUCGACGCCACAUUUAACAUCAUCGGGCCAGGACUGGUGCUGUCAAACCCUGAUCGCCCCUGUCACCAGAUUGAAAUGUUCAAGAAGGCCGGCUGGACUGUUGUGAAACCUCCGACACCUCUGAUGCCUGAUGACCAUCCACUGUGGAUGUCCUCCAAAUGGCUGUCCAUGAACGUCCUGAUGUUGGACGAGAAGCGAGUCAUGGUCGAAGAGAAAGAAACCACCAUUCAGAAAAUGUUUGAGAAUCUCGGUAUUGAGACCAUAAAGGUGAGCAUUCGCUAUGCCAACUCACUGGGUGGUGGCUUCCACUGCUGGACAUCCGAUGUCCGCCGCCGUGGUACCCUGCAGUCCUACUUCCACUAGCCAUUGCCAGAAAUAGGCAGUUUUUAUUGAGCUUUAAAGAUUAAAGCCUCUGUUCAGAUUUGUUUAAAAAAAAAACAAAAAAAAAAACACUGUCGAUUUUAUUGUCAGUCAGUUGCCUGGGCUACGUAAACAGACUGUAUAUAAAAAUAAACUUAACUUAAACUUAAUGGUUUGGUAAAAUUCACACAUGAAACCUGGCUUUAAUUUAAUCUAAUCAAAGGAUGAUAGUAGCUAUCAAUCACACUCACAUAUGCUGUGAUUUGUCGUCCUCUAAAUUCAAACAUAAGUUGCAGAAUUUACUUAACUCCUCAUUUAAAAUGUGUCGUGAUGUCAGUGAGACGUCGCCUCGUCGUCUUCCAUUCAAACCGAGUUCUUUUUGCGAGCUGCGGAGGAGUCGCCCCCUGGCGGCUCACUUCCGUUUAAAUUCUUAUAUACAGUCUGUGGCUACGUGUCGUUCUUUGUGAUACAACAAUGUGCUGUUUUCCAAAUUUCAUAAACCUGUAAAGUAAAAAUAAGUAUGUACAUUUGCAAUUUGUGUGUUUUGGUGUCACCUGCUGCGAUUUAAAGGACAGCGUUUUUGUCAAGCAUGUGUGAUAAACUUGUGACAGGUGGUGCCUGAUUGGGUCUUAAUGUUUCUCAGUCCUGGUCCUCGGGACUGAGUCUGCUCUCCGUGUUUUAGAUGUUUCCCCUGCUCCAACACACCUGAUUCAAAUGAGUUUGUUAAUGAGCUGACUAUUUGAAUCAGGUGUGUUGGAGCAGGGGAAACUUCUAGAACACACAGAGCAGUGGGAUGGAGUGGGGAAACGCUGUUCUAAAUGAAUCGCUGUGCAUCCCAGUGCCUUUGCAAACAGCUUUGAUGAGAAUAUUUACAUUUUUAUAUUUACUUCAGUCCAUAAUCUCAAUAUUAACUGCAUUUCUGGCCUGGCUAUUGUGAAGCUGAAGGUGUUUUCUGCAAACAUCAUAACUUUUGAGGACAAGGUACAAUUUGGUAUGUGAGUGUCAUCGAACUAGGACACAGGAGUGUCAAACGUCAUAAUUCUAUCCUUUUAAACCACUAGGUGGCAGGUUUCUUUUAU